UUGAGGCUCUUCCAUGCCAUUAAUAUGAUCAUAUUUUCUAUUGGCUUUUGGGGCUGCAAUCUGUCUCUCUAUCUUUUCUGUCUUUAGGGAAAACUGAUCUGUGGUCAGAAACAUGGUGGGAUAAGAGUUUUCAGGUGUCUGGAUGGAGCCACCCCAUUUGAGGAUGGGAGGUGAAGAGGAAUGUCACAGCAAUGAAUCUGGAUGGACCAUGUAUAUUGGGUCUCCGAGAGAUGAGGAUGCACAUUGUGAUGAUAAUGAGGAUAAAGGUUUUAGCUUGGAUUAUGACUAUGAAGAAGCAGAAGCUGAUGCAGAUGUUGAAAGUGAUGAUUCUAUGGCUUCUGAUGCUUCUUCUGGUCCGAGUCAAUAUGGAGUGAGUAAUCCAUUGGGAGGUGGCUGUGAUGGCAUCACACAGUUUCAGCAGAAGGAGGAAGGGAAGAACAAGUAUUCCUCAGAUCACAAAGCAAAGGGAAAUCAUCAAGUAGUUGAAAAAAGGGCUGAAAAGAAUCAUAAAAAGAUGGUUUUGAUCAGUAGUAAAGGUAAGGCUCCUGCAGUUUAGGAAUGGUAGCAAAAAGUUAAGAUGAACAGUAUACUUAA